AAGUGUACGAAUUAAAAGUAACCCUGCUUAUCUUUCAAUUCCAACGGAGAUUGAACGAUCGAUUAGUCUACUUACUUAAAGUCAUCAUUAAACCUUUAAUGGAAAUUUGUGCAACCGGGUGUUAAUUUAUAAACAGAGAUUAAUGAUAAAAAAUAAUGUCAUGUUAUAAUACUUUUUUCAGGUUGGUUGGUUUAUACCAAUGUUGGUGGCUGCGAUAGCAUACUACCAGUUUGACCAGACAGAUCCUGAAGGCCGACCCGCUGAUGUCACCGACGCUGCGAUGCUACCAGAAUACGACUUCAUUGUGGUGGGAGCUGGUUCUGCUGGUCAGUGAGUACGAAACUAUUAGUAUUAUAAGCAAAUUAAUUUCUAGGGAUAAGUUUGAAAAUCCAGUAGUAAAGAAACGGGGAAGGAGUGUUAGAACAUGCAGCGUUUUUUUUUUUCUGAGAAGUUUUUUUAUGGUUGGGAGCUAGAGAAAUAGUUCAACUGUGAUAAUUUAAAUUAUAAACCUCAUUUAGCUUAAGAGUCCCAUUACAAAUACUAACAAACUUGCUACACGGCCGCACGAAUUGAGUUUCGAUUAAUAAAGCAUAACUCAAUUUAUUUCCAGGUGCGGUAGUAGCAAAUCGUUUAUCGGAAAUAGGUAAUUGGAAGGUGCUCCUUCUCGAAGCUGGUGGCGAUGAGACAGAGAUAUCCGAUGUCCCUGUCCUAGCAGGAUACCUGCAGCUAAGCAAAUUAGAUUGGCAAUAUAAGACUGAGCCUCAGGGAACAAGUUGUCUUGCUAUGGAAGAAGGGCGCUGCAAUUGGCCUCGUGGUAAAGUUCUCGGCGGUAGUUCGGUCUUGAAUUACAUGUUGUAUCUCCGAGGAAACAAAAAAGAUUACGACACGUGGGAGUCGUUGGGAAACAAAGGAUGGAGCUACAACGAUGUUCUCUACUAUUUUAAGAAGUCUGAAGACAAUCAGAACCCUUAUUUAACACAGACGCCGUAUCACAGCAAAGGAGGGUAUCUCACUAUCGCUGAAGCACCAUACCACACACCGUUAGUAUCGAGCUUCAUUGAAGCCGGUUUAGAAAUGGGCUACAUGAACAGAGACGUCAAUGGCGAGAACCAAACUGGAUUUAUGGUUGCCCAAGGAACUUUGAGACGUGGUAGUCGCUGUUCAACGUCUAAAGCAUUCUUGCGUCCGGCUAAAGACCGUAAAAAUCUACAUAUAGCUAUGCAUUCGCAUGUUAGUAAGGUGAUGAUAGAUCCGAGAACUAAAAUUGCAUUUGGAGUAGAAUUUAUCAGGAACAAAAUGCUCUAUCGCAUACGUGCUAGGAAGGAAGUUAUUCUUUCAGCAGGAACUAUAAACUCAGCACAAUUAUUAAUGCUCUCUGGAAUAGGACCAGCUGAAGAACUGACAAAGCAUCGGAUACCAGUUAUACAGAAUCUAAAAGUAGGAAGUAAUCUUCAAGAUCAUAUUGGUCUAGGUGGAUUAGCGUUCAUGGUUAAUAAAAAAGUAUCGAUCGUCGAGCACAGGCUUCACACAGUGAGCACAUUGAUGGAAUAUGCAGUUCUGGGGGAAGGACCUUUGACCAUAAUGGGGGGAGUUGAAGGACUGGCCUUUGUAAAUACAAAAUAUAUGAAUGCAUCUGAUGACUUUCCCGAUAUUGAGUUCCAUUUUAUUUCCGGAUCAACCAAUUCGGACGGAGGCGAGCAGUUGCGCAAAGUUCAUGGACUGUCAGAGAAUUUUUACAAUGCAGUAUUCCGACCUAUUAACAAUAUGGACGUCUGGAGUAUAAUUCCUAUGCUUUUGCGUCCGAAAAGCAAAGGGUUUAUACGAUUACGAAGCGCCAACCCAUACGAUUACCCUUACAUCUACCCAAAUUAUUUAACAGAUGAAGCGGAUGUUAAAACAUUGAUUGAAGGUGUUAAAAUAGCUGUAGCAGUUUCUAGAACAAAAGCGUUCCAAAUAUAUGGCUCUGUAUUGAAUAAGAACAUAUUUCCAGCUUGUACGAACAUUCAUCGUUACGCAGAUGCUUAUUGGGAAUGUAUGAUAAGGCAAUACACAUGCACGAUUUACCAUCCGGUUGGGACAGCUAAAAUGGGACCCUACUGGGACCCAGACGCUGUGGUCGAUAACGAAUUGAGAGUAUAUGGGGUCAAAGGACUUAGGGUUAUCGAUGGUAGUAUAAUGCCUAACUUAGUAAGUGGCAAUACGAACGCGCCUAUUAUAAUGAUCGGCGAGAAAGGUAGUGACAUGAUAAAAGAGUUCUGGCUCAAGCGCAGAAUAUCCAGAUAUUACAUUUAACAACAAAGACGUACAAAAUUAUUUUUUACAUAUCAGUAUUAUAAGUUAUAUUAUAAGUAUUUAUUGUUCAGCUGUAAAAUUAUCUCUGUGUCUCUACAGUUACAGAUCGCGCAUCUGAAGCUGUCUUCGACGCGAAGCU